CUGGUCAGCACUCCUAUGUCUCGGACAAUUACGGCGACGAAGGAAGAAUUCUCCUCUUCUUGUCAUCCACAAUACCCCAAGGAUAGAAAUGGAGCGAUCUCAGAUCUGGUUUGCUCUCAGAUGCCUAAUCCUAGCUCUGCUCCUGUCUUGGGCUGUGGCCGAUGACAACGUCUUUGUCCUCAGGCUGUGGCCGAUGACAAUGUCUUCGUCCUCACGGAAGCCAACUUCGAGAAGGAGGUUGGCCAACGUCUUCGUCCUCAGGUUUGCUCUCGAAUGCCUAAUCCUAGCUCUGCUCCUCUCCUGGGCUGUGGCCGAUGACAAUGUCUUCGUCCUCACGGAGGCCAACUUCGAGAAGGAGGUCGGCCAACGUCUUCGUCCUCAGGUGCGGCCAUUGUAAGAAGCUUGCCCCGAGUAUGAAAAGUUUGGCUCAAGGUUUAAGAAGGCAAUGUCUGUUUUGAUUGGGAAGGCAUGGAGUAGGUGGUUAUCCUACAUUGAAGUUUUUCCCCAAUAGCAGCAAAGCUGGUGAAGACUAUAAGGGUGGACGUGAUUUAGAUGACUUUGUUGAAUUUAUUAAUGACAAGUGUGGAACCAAUCGUGAUGCAAAAGGUCAACUUCCAUCACAGGUUAUGGGGUGAUAGAUUAUGAAGGAUGAUGUUUGCGAGUUUUGUCAAUCAAUUUUUUUUAAACAAGUGAAGCUUUAGUG